GGUGUCUGGUUGGUCGGGGGGGGGGGUGCUGGUGGUGCUGGUUGUGGUGAGGACUCUCUCUAACUUUAGUGUCAGUCUGGAUGCCAUCAGCUUCAGACGACCUCCUUCAGACUGCCACUGUGACCCAGCGAGGAGGGAUCUUGGUUGCCAUGGCGUCAGCCAAUGAGAGCGGAGAGCAUCUUGAUCAGAGGGUUCCUGAUGAAGAGGAGGUGGAGGAGGAGGAGAGGAGGAGUGUCCGAGGAGUCCAGUCCCGCUACCUGCGCUGUCCAUCACCCAGUUUCUCGAUGGCAUCGGAGUCCAGGUUCUCCAUGAUCUCAGGCUCUGACGCCGCGAGCAUCUUCAUGGAGCCCAUCCACCUCUCGUCAGCCAUCGCCGCCAAGAAGAUCAUCAGUGAGGAGCUGCCGCCUCGCAGCGUGCGAGAAGAGUCCAUCCCAGAGUCCAUGCUGGAAACCGCCGAGCAACUGAUGGUGGAAGACCUGUACAACCGGGUCAAGGACAUGAUCGACGACCGCAGCCCCUACAACACCCCCUGUGUGCUGGACAUCCAGAGGGUCAUGGUGCAGGACCGCCUGGAGGCUCCCAGCAACCCCAUGGACGAGGUGUGGCCCAACAUCUUUAUCGCCGAGAAAUCUGUUGCGGUCAACAAGGCUCGCCUGAAGCGAAUGGGCAUCACCCACAUCCUCAACGCGGCCCAUGGCACGGGGGUGUACACGGGCGAGUCUUUCUACGGCGGCAUGAACCUCACGUACCUGGGCAUCGAGGUGGACGACUUCCCAGACUCCGACAUCUCGGUGCACUUCCGGCCCACUGCCGAGUUCCUGGACGAGGCUCUGCUGACACACAAGGGGAAGGUUCUCGUGGUGUCCAUGAUGGGCGUCAGCCGCUCUGCUGUCCUGGUGGCGUCCUACCUGAUGAUCUUCCAGCACAUGACCAUCAUGGAGGCCCUGACUUCCAUGAGGAAGAAGCGCGCCAUCAACCCCAACGAAGGCUUCCUGAAGCAGCUGCGAAAUCUCAACGAGAACCUGUUGGAGGAGCGCGACGAUGACGACGAAACGCUCAGCCAGUGCUCCGUUAUCGACGCACGCACACGCACUCGCAUCUUCGGCGAGGGCGGGGACGACGACGAUGAUGAUACUGAUAAAGAGGAAGAGCAGAGUAUGAUCGAGGUGAAAGCGCACUCCAUCAUGAUGGAGGAGGAAGAGGAUGGAGGAAGCGUGAUGAGCAGCGUCGCCUCUUCUGCAGCUGCUGCGGCGCUCAGGAGCGGAUUGAUUGGAGCGCAGAACGGGCUGGACAACCAGGGGUCGACCCGCGUCCAAGAAGAGAUUGUUCUGCCUGAGCAGGAGAGCAGAGAAGACGGCGACGAUGAGGACGGUCUCGACAGCAUGAUCCGAGAGUGGCAGAGGAGGAACGAGAAAUACCAGAACGACGACUGGUGGGAGGCGCAGCUGAACAGCGACGGCGAGGAUGUGGAAUCUCUUGCCGAGGGUCGACCAAAGAAGACGAUGGAAGGUGUAGACGCCGAUGUGGAGAGCGUCACCAGCGAGGACGUGCGAGCUGUGAAGGAGCGGUUGAAGCGCCGCAGCAGACGUCCACCCUCAGACGCGAUGUCCACCUCCAGCUGCUCAAGUUAUUCUGAUCUUUGGAAACAGCGGUUGAGGGAGAUCGAGGAACAUGCUGCCGCUCGCUACCGCAAGAAGGAGGACGACGAAGGCAGCGAGAGCACCGCCACAGAAGGUGGAGAAGGAGAGAAGAAGAAGAUUGAUGAGGAAGUGGAGAGCCUCCUCUCUGACACCAGCUCCAUGUACAACUUUUGCCAGAAGAAUAAAGAGAAGAUGACGCCUUUGGAGCGCUGGCGCGUCAAGAGGAUCCAGUUUGGCUGGAACAAGAAAGAUCGAGAGGACGGAGAGAAAAGUUCUGUCGGAGACGGAGGUGACGGCGAGGGAGAACCCAAGACGCCAUCCUUCCAAGAUGUCAACCUGACAGCGUAUCAGGCGUGGAAGCUGAGGCAGCAGAAGCGCCUCGGGGAGGAAAACACAGAUGAGAUUUUGGAGAUGAGUCGCGGCGAGGACUCUGCGACGGUCAAACGGCGGCAAAGACGCGAGGAGAUCCUGGAGCGCUCCAAGAAAACGUUAGAAGAGAGUCAGUCCAUGUGUGGCUGGGAGGAUGAGAGCUGCGUCAGCGGAGGUACGAUACCUCUCUCCGCCUUCUGGGCCGGAGCCGGAGUCACGGGCCCGCCGAGCGUCGCCAAUGAUGACAACGUGUCUAUGCUCAGCGGCAGGUCAUCUGUCAUAUCAUCCGUAUCGCAGCCUCGCAGCUCAAGAUCUGUUAACCCCAGGACACCAGUUCCUCCCAUCCUCCCAGUUCCUACUGUCCAGGGCCCCGGAGGUGAACCCAUGGUCAACCUGGCAAGCAUCCAAAACUGGAUCGCUAAUGUCGUCUCUGAAACGAUCAAGCAGAAGCAAACCGAGAUGAGCCUUCCUCCUCCGUCACGUGUUGGAUCGCAGCUCAGCUUCGGCGGUGCGACGAGUCUGAUUUCUGGCCGGGGCGUGGACGAUGACAAAGCGUCCUUGUUGAGCGGCGCUUCCUAUUCCAGCGCACUGUCGCAGGGUCGAGGCAGGGCAGCGUCAGUCCUCUCAGGUGGCGGGUCGAGCAGCGUCUCUGGUCUCACUGGAAGAAGCUCCGUCCUUGGCUCCACCCUCGGCUCCCAGAAAAACAAGAUCACCACCACCAGCGUCCCUCUUUACAGCCUCUUCCAAGACCAGGUCGACAUGGGCAAACUGGACGCCAUGGACAAGGAGAUCAAGUUGGAGAUGAGGGGCAAGAUGGCGACCUACGAAAAGAAAAAGAUCCUGGAGGACAACAAGCGCAGCACCCUGUACAAGAAGAAGAAACCAAAGGAGGACGAAGACGAGGAGGAGGAGAGACAGAAGAAAGAGGAGGAGUUUCUGGAGGAAACGAAGAAAAAAGAGAAACCUGUGAGGACUUUCGGCCUCUCUGGAUGCCUGAAUCUCAACCCUGCGCUGGAGAAAGACAAGAACACCAGCAUCGACGACUGGCUGACAAGCGUCCGUCCUCCUCCGAGGAAACCGGCCUCGGGAGCAGAAGCUGGCCCAUCAGAGGAUCCCUACGACGAUCUCGAUGCCUCCGCUUCCGAAUUCGACUUCUCGAGCCGCCGGGCAUCCUAUGCUGUCGAUGAGGAAGACGAGGAAACUUAUGGCGUUGCCUCCAGAUACAGGUCAAGGUUACAUGAGGAUCUAUCAAGUGAAGACACUUGCAAUGGGUUCACGCAGUCCCACAGCCGGGCGGCGAGGUCACACGGUGCUUACGAGGAGAGCGACGAGGGGUCGCAGAGCUACCAGGACCCCUCCACAAAGAGGAAGUUCGCUCAUCAUUCGCGAUAUGAAAGCAGCAUGACGGACGGGAGGAAGAGGGAGGAAGCCAACGAGGAGGAGGACGACAUCGCCACCUUCAUUGCCCAAACCAGGCAGAGGGCCAGAGCUCGGGCCGCCGCCGAGGCCGCAGACGACGAGGUGCUCGCUGCGUGGAGGGCGCAGCAGGAAGCAAAAUCACAGAGCAGAAGUGAUUCUUAGAUAAAACUACUGAUGCUGCUAAGAUCUGAACUCAUCAUGGACUUUAAAUCUGAAGAGUUUGUUUCACAAAAAGGUUAAAAGAUUAAACAUUAUCUGACAUCUGAAAUGUGAAACAAGCACUAAGAAACACUAAUAACUGGCAUGUGGAUGAAAAAGAAAGCCUGUUAAUAUCAGUAAGCACCUUCCCGUCAUGCAUCAAAACUUUACAAGGAUGAAUAUUUAUUAAUAAAACUAGUUUAUUUUAUUAUUAAUUAAGGUUUUGGUUGCACCAGCAUUGAACGUAAAACACAUUUAGUACAUAUUUUCAUAAAAGAUGGCGUGAAACUCCUGAAAAACGAAACCAAUCCUGUUUGUUACAUUAUUUUAUUAUUGCAAUAAAUAUUCUGACAAAUGA